GUAUGUAUGUAUGUAUGUACUGACUACGGAUGUCACACACUAACUUGUUACACUGCUAGUGCGCAUGGCAAGCUACACACGUGAUUAUUAUGAUUGACAGCAUUCCAAUUAUUUUUGCACUCAAAAUCUUAAACCGUACUAAAUCCUAAUUUCGUCGACGGCCAGGUCUGAAUCCUACACAGGGCAAACCUUGUGUGAACUCAGACCUAACUUUCCUUCAUUCGUUAAGAAUCGCGAAACGAGAAUUGGUGGCCAAAUCCCGAUUGUCAAAUACCUUUGAAAAGGGACGCGACACGCCUAUAAGUUUCCCGAGCAAAAGGUCAAUCUACUAAAAAUAGGAACUGCUGGUCUAAGCAAUUUCUUUGCGAGCGUUUUAGAUUUCCCUGUCAAACGCGAUAAGCAAACUAAACAAAAUGCUUUUAGUCGUUCCGUGGACUUCGAUAUGCUGACAGCCAAUCAGUAUAUAAUUUCUAUAUGCUAAAUAUGUCUUCACUACAUGUGUGACUUAUUCCUGCAUGACACUAGGCAGGAGAAACCUCCCUACUUUCCAGAGAGUGGAAACGGAGCAAACCCCUUUGCACUUGUCUGAUCACCAGACUAUAAUGGCAGACGUUCUUCAAAUGGAGUACCGUAGACUAAAAGAGCAAGUAGAGUGAUCUGAAUCCCACCCACGAACUGUGAAAAGUACUUGAAAGGGACCAAUCAGGAUGGAGAAAAUCGCGCAAGCGCACUAGAAAAGAGACUUUAAGAAAAUUGUGUUUGGUUGACUGACGAAACGCCCGCACUGCUCGCUACUCUUAAUUCUGGAAAGAACCACGAAAAGAAAGCGCAAAGAGAUUGCACUAUAAAGAGUGCGUAUAUAUCCCGCAUUCUAUUAUUCAGAGUCUCGUGACGUCACCAGGCUUGUUUCCGCAUGGUAUUUUGAACGCCGAGUGAUUAAUAUACAGAGUACAUUAACACAAGGUACCGCGCGCAGGGCUGGCGUAUAUCACACGGCUCUAUAUACAGCGACGCAAACAAGCAAGAGACCAGAACUAUGAGAGACCUACAAGUGUAACAAUCACGUUUGCGGUAUAGAUAUCAACUGUAUAAACACUUAGUUGCUAUUAUUGCUUAGAUAGGUGUAGGAGGUUUUGCUAUCGAUCCCGGAAUACGAUAUACAGACUACAAGCGCGCGUCGGUGGCUUCCAAACAAGUGAGUGACGGUGUUUGCACGGGAAUGGCGACCAACAAUUCGACGAGUGCGCAACAAAUGCCAGAUUUCUCCGCGUAUUUUUACUGCGAGUAUCUCUCUGCCAUCUUCUAUUGCGUCUUAUCUCCGUUCACGGUCGGGGCAAACGGUCUGCUCCUCGCCGCCAUCUACAAAGACCCGUUAAAGUGUUUCCGUACGCCAGUUACUUACUUCAUAGUUGGUUUAGCCCUCGUGGACCUGCUCACCGGCCUAGUAGUGGAACCGUUCUUUGCCGUCUAUUACUUUUCGCGGUAUUUCUACGGCUUCCUAAAUGUGAGUCCCACAAUCAACCUGCUGGCGACCAUCGCUGGAUUCAUGUCUACAGUCGGACUCAGCACUUCAUUUCUUAUUGUCCUCGCCUUGUCCUUCUCUCAGUUCAUAGCAAUCACAUUCCCGCACAAGUACCGAGUCCUAAUCACCACGCGUCGCGUCCUUAUUUGCAUGAUCAACGUCGUGCUUUACUUCAUCGCAUUUAGUCUACUACAGGUCUUCAAUACAAACAUUCCAAAGGACUUGUUUUGGCGCAUGGACUUGUAUCUGCAUGCGACGAUUAUACCGAUUCUACUGGUCAUCUCGCACGCGUUCAUAUUCCGCUCGUUCAAACGUUUCUCCAAAAAAUCAGAAAAGAUGGGUGCUCAAGCAAAACGCGUGGAUAACACCCUUGUCGUCCACAGUAGUAACAACAACAGUAACACGGAGCUCAUCAAGCCUUCUAAGAAAACCGCGCAAAUCUCCAAAAGCAAAGCGAAUCAGAAGCAGCUGACGAUUGUGACAUUACUUCUGUCUGCAGUACUGCUAUUUUGCUCGUUGCCGCACACCAUAGGGUUUUAUCUAUUUCUGCACAUAGAGUGGAAGGCUCCGUCUGAAGAAAUUGCCAUCAACAUUGCGAUACGCGUGACCGACGCUAUACUGUUCCUAAAAGUCCUCCUCGAUCCGUUUAUCUACUGCUGGCGACUUCCAAAGUACCGCGCAGCGCUGCGCAACACGCUCAUGUGUAGGGAGAAGAGCGAGAUCAAUCAUUCAGUGGAGCAGAGGAGCAAGUUGAAGACCGAAACCAGCUCCUGAUUGGUCCAUAUUUUAUUCCAGUGCUUACUGGCCUCUAUACUGGCCACCGUACACCACACUACAAGAACGCAAGAAUAACACUGGAACGGGUUUACGAAGAUUGUAGAGGAGCUAAAAACGAAAUUAAGUUGAGUAAGAGGGAUUGCCGAAACAAGGACCCUUUGAAAGGAGAUAGAAAACAUAUCCAGUAGUUUCAAGCCUUGAAGGGAGUCACGCAUGAAACUGGUGUAGCGCACCGACAAGAAUUGGAUAUGAUAUUCAUCUACAGACAAAUUCUCGUCUAGCGGUUCGCUUGUCACAAUAUCUGACUGCCUGCUUCAUGAGAAUUAUGCACAUCGUACCAAUAGAUAGAGUAUUGCUCGUCAAUCGCCGUAGGCUAUCUACAAAGCGCGGUCGACACCGUACAACCAAGCAAAUACAGUAUCAAUAGAUAUUGUAUUAACAGAUAGAAUAUUGAUCAUAAAUCACCAUAAACUAUCUACGCGGUCGAGGCGGUACAACACCCCAAAUACAGUAUCAAUAGUUAUAGUAUUAAUCAUCGUCUGCUUCAUAUCAUGCCCGACACCGAGUCCAGCUGAUGGCCGAUCCAAAUUUGUUAUUAAUCUACUACGUCCGUGUAAGAACCCACAGAUUCUCAAAUGUUUACUUUUUCUUGUGCUUUGUCCCGUUUGACGAUGUGUGUUUGGUCAAAAUUUCACAUGUGAAGCGCAUUGUGAUAUGCUAUUGGAGAUGGAUUUUUGUAAUGGAGAUAAAAGUCGGGUCUUUUGAGUUUUUGACCAUUCACUAAUGGAGUCAAUAAAUGAAGGCUUGAAGAAGAAAAAACGCAUUUUUAUUUCUUUUCCAAAUCUCACCAACUUAGAAUGCAUACCACGUUAAUAGAAAAUAGAUCAGGAACCGAAGAUAAUGGUGCUACGGUACAACAAGGACAUGACGUCUCUUGUAGCGGAUAUCACCAGGCAAAAGGCAUAUUAAAAAGUAAGUUGUUAAAACUAGCAGAUAACACUGUUGGGUCAUCACAUCUAAACAAUGGGUAAGGAAAUUAGGGAAGUGGAUUUCUUAAUUAAUCAGCAUGUAAUUACCAGAGAAAAUAAGCUUUUGACCUAUUUUCAAAUAGCGCAACUAAAAGGGAAGACAUCGUUGAAAUUAAACAGCAAUUGAUCGGAACAAUAAACAAAGCCGCACUAAUUAAAUCCUGACAUAUAGGAUUGCGUCAUAGUGCUAUAGCAAGAAUUCUUAGAAUAAACCAUGUAUUCGCUGGU